CGCUGUGGCCAAAUAAACCCCAGAUCAUGGCUGAAGGAGGGAAGGAAAGAAGGAAGGAGGGCGAGGAGGGAGCCCCAGGAAAGAAGGCGGCGGGGAAGGAAGGAGGGAGGGAGGGAGCCCCAAGGGACCCGCCAUUUCCCCCUCAGGUAGAAACAGCAUUCAAAGGAGACCCGUAGUGUACCAUAUUGAUGAUGCCCCCAGACUCUGAAACGAUGGGAUGAUUUAUCCUUUGAACAUUCAAGAUGGCUUUCUUCAUGAGCCCAGCAGUAAGAGGUCUUCAAAUCUGCCAGAAAUCUAGUUGGACCCUUCCGCAAUAUUUAUACCUAUUUGUUGUUGUUAUCCACCCUCGAAUCGAUCUCGACCCAUGGCGACCCUGGGCCACCCACUUGCCUGUCUGCCAAUCAAAACAGAUUCUGUUCGUGGGAUGGCCCCUCUUACUGUGAUAAAAAGGCAAGGUUUUUGAAGCAGAAUGAGUCAAUAGCAGUAGCAGCAGUGGCGGUGGCAGUGGCAGCAGCCAGAAACAUAAGAUCAUGAAAAACCCUAUGUAUGAAAUAGCAUCGCUGCUACUGGAAAAGUUUCUUCUGCUUUCCAGACUCCUUGGUAUGGGCUCCAGCACUGAGGAGGAAGAAAAGAAAAAACAUGCUUCUUAUUAUGACACAACCUACUUCAAGCCAGGAGAUUUGUUGGAAGUGCCCCGCACUCUGUUCAUUCAUUUUGGCAUCUACCUGGGUGACAACCGGGUGGCCCACCUGAUGCCGGACAUCCUGCCAGCUCUCACCAGUGACCAGAAGCAGAUCCAGAAAGUGGUGACCAAUAAGAGACUCAUCUUGGGCGUCAUUGCUAAAAUGGCCCGGAUCCGCGUGGACACAGUGGAGGACUUUGCCUAUGGAGGCUCUAUUCUGGUGAACCACAUGGACAAACUUUUCAAGAACCACAUCCUGAGUAAUGAAGAGGUGGUCAGCAGAGCAGAGAAGAUGGUGGGUGCCACAGACUACAGCUUGCUUUGGAACAACUGUGAACAUUUUGUGACCUUCUGCAGAUAUGACUCUGCGGUCAGCUUCCAGACUGACAAGUUCUGUGAAACAGUGAAGAUGGUAAUUCGGGACCAGAGGAGCGUUCUUGCUUCAGCACUACUGGGACUGGUUUCUAUACUCUGCAUGGGCCUUGCUCCAUCCACUACUCUCCCUACCAUCAUUAUUCCCUUCAUGUUGUGGAUGGCUGGUUAAUGAAGUCACCAACGCUUAUUGGCAGCUGUACAUAGGAUGUAUAAUGUAUUUAUGAAAGCUCAAAGUCCUUCCCAAUGUUUUGUGAGCUGAGGAGAAUGUGACUUACAGUUGUAUCCUUAUUUAGAUGUAAGAUAAACCAGAAUAUGGUGAACAAGUAACAGCUUACUGUGUAAGCUGCCUGAUUUUGUGCAAAUCUUUGCAGAAAGCAACUUCAGCAAUGGAUUCAUGGGGUUUACUGCCAAGCAAAUGUGCAUAGGUUAUACACUCAAAAGUAAACUCUGCUAAGAUUGGUGGGAUUAGUUCCCCAAGUAAAUAUGCAUAGGAUUGGAGAGUGGGUGUAAAAUGUGAAGAAUUAUCUCUUGGAUAUAGCUUAAACCAGGCUUUUGAAUCCUUAAAUGAGUCUUCUACAGCCUAGCAGUCUCCAGAUGUGCUGAACUACAGCUCCCAUCUUCCCUAACUAAGAUGUCCAUUGGUCAAACUAGUUGGGGAUGACAGGAACUUAAGGACAAAAGAAGAGCUAUGCUAUAUCAGAUCUAGUGCAACAUCCUUUUUACACCAAGGGUAGGAAUCAUUUAGCCCUCUAGAUGUUGUCAGAUGGCAACUCCCAGUAAUCCUCACCAUAAACUACACUGGCAAGGGGUGAUCGGAGUUAUAGUCCAACCACAACUGGAAGAAUACACGAUUACCAUCCAUGUGAAACAUGUCAGUAGGACAUGGGUGGAAAAGCACCCUACCUUUCAUGCUCCCCAGCAACUGGAGGGAUACCAAGCCAUCCUGAGCAUUAGCCAGUAUUGAUUCUAAACUCCAUGAAUUUGUUUAUAAAGUUAUCUUCUUUAAAGUCAUGUGAAUUGCAGCCCAUCACAACAGUGAACAUUGCAGUUUAACUAUGUGCUAUGUGAAGUAGUUCCUUUUCUCCACCACUCACCAUUCAGCUUUAGUGGAUGACCCUAGGUUCUAAUACGAUGAGAAAGAAAAGGUUCUUUAUAUCCCCCUUGUCUACAUGAUGCAUAAUUUUAUAAACCUCUUUCAUGUCUCCCCGUACUCACCUUUUUUAUAAGCUAAACGGCCCCAAACAGUGUAACCUUUCCUCAUAGGGAAGUCAUAGGCCAACACAUCUGGGAUGAAAAUGGUGCCUUAAAACAGACAAAAAGCAACAAAUGGCCAACAGAGACAUGUGUCUACUAUACAGUAUCCUUUUCAGUUGUAUUUUGAAAGGUGAUGUGCUGUAGCUUACAUGGAGAUCAUGAAUAUUAAAAGAGAGGAGGAAAACCCCAGGUGUGUCAUUAUUGUUGUGUGUUUCUAUCAUUGCGUGGUUCUAAUCACUCCCAACUGGAUCAUAUCUAGUCUUUCAGUUUCCAUAAAGUGGGAAGUUGAAUGCAUCAAGAGCAUUUCUCCUUAAGUGACACAGACACCUCCUUCCAUCCUGUCUGGUUUGGGUGCUGCAAAGUUGACCUUGGUAUUAAAUGUCAAUGGCUCCCAAUUUAAGUCAUGGCAGCGGGCGCUUUUGAAGCCUCAAGGCAAGGUUGGCAUAAGUGGCUAAAACAAAAAAACAAACAAAUAAAGAGCAUUCCAUGUUUGGGGGAAGAUGAAAGGGAGCGGCCUGGCUCUUUUGUCUUUUCUUCACAAUGAGAUCAAGUAGCAUGGAAAUAAAGAAGCUAUUUUAUGACUUCUAAUAGCCCUGGUCUUUGUCACUAGAUUGGGAUUCUCCUGUCGUCAUUCUGUCCAGGGCCAGACAUCCUAUGCAGCAAAACCUGGGAACACUACUUUUGCAAACUACUACUUCCCAAAAUUCUCAGACAGCAUGGUCACUGGACAUAUAACCUGGGGGAUUCUGGGUGUUGUAGUCCAAAAAUAUCAUUUCAAGUAGUCAUAGCCAGUAGACAGAAUGAAACAGCUCCCCUCAGGAUAAGGGAAUUAUGACUGUAAUUGGAAAAUGGGCAUAUUUUUCCUACACAUGUUUACAUGGAAUGGAAUGCAGUGGGAUAAGAUGUGCCAGGGCAGAUUAGACCAAAGGUUCAUUGUAGUCCAGGAUUUUUUUCCACUGACAAGCCAAACAAAUACCUCUGGGAAGACCACAGGGAGCAUAGGAUGGUAAUUGCUCUCUCCCACAGGAUGGGAGACCUCAAACCCCAGGGAGCUAAAUGUUGUUCUCAAGGGUUCCCCAGAUAGCCAUGCCUUCUCUUCAUUAACAUCUGGUGGUUUCCCAACUUAUGUAAAGGCUUUUCACAAUAGUAAAAACCUGAAGGCUCCUGUAGGCCUGGUACACAUGCCAGGAGGUUUCAGUAUUUGUUGCUGUGGGUAUUUUGAACAAUCAUAUGAUAUUUCUGUUGUCCUUGACCAAUAGUUGGAAUGUUGGACUAUGACUCUGUAGACCAGGGAUUGAUUCUCCUCUCAGCCAUGGAAACCCACUGGGUGACUUUGGAUGAGUCACACUCAGCCCCAGAAAACCCCACAAUAGGGCUUUUAAGAUAAAAUAAUCUUCCAAGGUGGGAACGACUUGAAGACAGCAACCAUUUUCUGACAGUUCCUGGCACUAGCUAUAUUUUAUUCCCACAUCUGAGUUUUCUUUUAAUUUCAAGUCAUAUCUUAGUAAUGUCUCUUCUCCUUUCUUUUUCACCCCCCUCUUAGAGUUGGAGAUCAUCAGUGAGUCAAUGAAAUGCCCCAUUUGCCCUAUUGUGCUACAGUUCUAAGACAGAAGAUGAAAGGAGAAGAAACUUUGUUCUCCAAACCACAAGAUCACCUCAGUAAACCAUGCCCCCCCCCAGUUAAAAGACAAAAACACUGCAAGUGUCCUUGUGCAGAUCCAAGAAAUUGCUACACACAGCCCACCAAAAGAAUGGAGCAAGUGGAUGUGGAAGUGGAAGUGACAACAGUUGGCAAAUCCCAGCAUAUUCUGAGACCUCAUGUUUUAGUUUGGAAGUGCCCUGGAAUGAUUUUUCUAGGCUCAGUUACUGGCAGUAAAAGCUUGAAGAUAAAAUAUGCUGGCAAUUUUUGGUCCAGCCUUGUGCCUUCAUCUCCACUCACCAUUGAAAUGUAGCUGUCAGUAAGGUAUCUAAAAUUGUAUUGAGUCCUUGAGCUGAAAGAGGUAUCUUACCUUGGUCUCCUGACUAUGACAUAUUGCAGGGAUCCUGGACUGCAUACUGUCAUUGUUGCUAGUUACCACUGGUUACAUCUGAUUAAACCUGUGUAUGAGUAGGCUGCAUGACUAUUCUAUUUACACCUACUUGGAGAUGGGGGUUGUUAUUUGGAUUUGCUGAAAAGGGAGCCGUUAACCAAUGGGGGUGGUGGUGGUAGCAUACUGUUUAUUGUUAUUAGUCAAAGAUCAUUGGGGUUAAAGUGAAAGUUAAUUUUUCUGAAACACAUUUGGGUAGUUUUACUAUUGCUUCUCUUCCUCUUUGUUCAGUAGAUCAGACAAUGGAGUAGUGUAUUCCUUCAUCUGAACUCUGCCAGGACAAGCUGGGUUUGGCAGCCUCAGCAUGGUUCGACUUAAAAGCUAAAAGUAGAUGACUUAAGGCAAGGGGAAAUUUCCAAAGAGGAACUCCUUUCCAGACCCCUACCCUCCAUUGAGCCCACAGAGCCCCUAAAACAUUUGUCUCAUACAUUUAAAAAAGUUAUCUUUGGGGUUCACAGUUCCUCGCCAGUGUCCAUACUGGGGGGCUAUUUAGGGAGCUGCAGUCCAAAAAGAGUAGCUUUUCCAAGUGCUAGUUGGACCCAGCUCAUCCUCCUCUAUCUUUUCUCUACUUUCCUUAUCUUUUUUUCUUGCUCUCUUGUUCCCUUUCCUCCAAAACUCUAUAUCCCUAGAGUAGUUUUAUGGCACACUUCUCUUGAUUAAUAUAAAAUAAUUUUCUCGUAAUAAUUUUAGUUGAAUUUGGAAAUAUUAUGCGCAGAGAUUUGUGAAUUUGAAGGGGCAAGUAUUUCUUCUUCAGUUCCUCCCCUCCAUUAAUUUAGAUGCACUAUCACCCAUUGUAGAAUUAAACUGAAUGCUAUCAAGAAAACAAUAUAGUUGCUUAUUUAUUUCUUUUAAAAUAUUUAUAUCCUGCCUUUCUUUGUGGGAUAUCAGGGCAGCAUACAGUGUAAAGACUUUAAAACACUUCCAGAUUAAAACCAUACAUGAUUUAAACAAGAUAAAAACAUCUUUAAGCAAAGCAAUAGUUAAAACAAUUUCAUAAGAAACAACAAUUUAAAACCAUAUACAUAGAAGUAAAUUAGUCCCUGAUGGCUUUAAUAGAACGUCAUGUUUUAUGUUGGUGCCUGAAGGAAACCAACACUGACACCAGUUGGACCUCUAUUGGAAGAACACUCCACAGCUGAGAAGAUGCUCUUCCAUUUCUCCCAUAGCUUAUUGUUCCCACUGGUUUGACAGGAACAGUGCUUUGGGGAAAGAAUUUAGCUCUUCCACCUCAGGCACCACAAUGUCUUGGGCCAGCCCUAUUUAAGUCAUUUUUAAUUGGGUCACAACAAAAUCCUUAAAACGGAGUACUUCAUCUUUAAAACAGAAGGCUGAAUGGGGCAGUUUUUAUAGACACUCAAGCUGAAUAGUCACACAGUCUUUUAUUUCACUAUUUACUGAGCCUAUACAUGCUGCACGUUGUGCUUUCUUCUCCGCCCAGGUUAUGGAGGCGUUGGUGAUUUGCUUGUAUUCAAUCAGUACAGUAUUUUGGAAUGUUUUGAAGCUAUGAAACAAUGAGAGUGUGCUUUUUUUUUUUUUUUUUUUGCCUGAAAACUUAUCUGGUUUGGUUGGGGGGAAAAGCACAACCAGGACAGGCACUUGGAUUGGUCAAAAACAAUGAUGGACUCUUCCACUUAAGCCCCAUUCCCACAGCAGUAAUAAUACUAAAAUAAAAUGGGAAAACACCAUUCUCAAGGCAGCCAUCAUCACACCUUCUUUCAUCGGUACUACCAGGGGUGCUGCCCCAUUGCAUUCUCUUCCUGACUUUCCCUUAACCACACCUCCCUGCCUUAUGCUCUACCCAGCAUGUCUUUAGGGUUGUUGUUUUUUAAAUCCCCACAUUUCUGUGCAAUUCCAGAGCUCUGCUAUGGUGACUGAAGUCAAAAGAAAGAAAGAAAGAAAGAAAGAAUGAAUGAAAUGUCCCCGGGGUAAAAAAUUAAAGACACUAAAAGUAAUCUGGAAUAGCGAAGGGCUGGGGAGGAGAAGGAGGAGAAGAGACUCACACCGUGUGAUUUGCAAUCACACAACUGCCCUGGGAGCAAUGUUUCACACCUGGGGACUUGCCAACUUGACAGAUCAUUGACGGGUUUCCCCCAUCAAUAAAAAGGGAUGGGUCAGGGAUGACACAGCUACAGGUUAGAGGUGUGCGAUUACUAUAGCCAAUGCUGCUUCUUUCCUGGUGUAAUUACAGUUUAAAAGUCACAUGUAGUAAUGUCUGAUAUACUGUAUCAUCAGUUUGGGAAAUGUGCAACAAAAAAGAAUGGUAGGUAGUUAAAUAAAAACAACAACAUUUCUUUGCCCAACAGUUGCAUCUAUCCCUGCUACCUUUCCUUUUCCUGUCUCAGACCCAACCAGCAAACUCCUGUGGUCCAAGUGGGGAUGGGGAUUGCCCACCAUUAUGGGAAGCAACAUUUGUCAUCCCCGCUGCUUGGACUACACACUGCUGGUGAACUCAGCUUACACUAACACUAUUGAUUUCUUUCAGCAUUGCUAGCUCAUUAUGAAAUCUAAUGGUUGGAAAUUAUUAAAGCCACACUUGGGAAAGCUAUCAAUAAUGAAAUGUUUCCUGGGCACAGUUCUAAUUGACCCAGACUGCAUGGCCACAUCUAUACUACAAUUUAAAGUACCUGUCUAUCUAUUAUGCUGUACAAAUUCACAUGCUUGGUCAAAAAGAGUAAUCAAAUUUGGCAUCUCAUCUAAUGGGAGACAGAGCUCAAUGUACUGAGAGAUGGCCAUUUGUUUUAUUUCUCAAAAAUUUAAAAAGCCCAAUGUAUUUCUGCCUCUACCAAGUUUGACUUCUUCAGGGUCUAUACUUUAAACAGAAAUUUCUGAACCUGUAUAAGACACUCUCCAAGGAAUUGGACCAUUGCUGGAGAAAGUGAGAGGCAGUAAGAAAAGAGGAAGGCCAUAUUACAGAAGAACUCAAAUAAGGAAGCCACAACUCUGAGUUUGCAAGGGCUGAGUCAGGUUGUUAAUGGCUGGGGUUCAUGGAGGUCCCUCAUACUUAGGCUGACCAUAAUUCAAAGCCACUUGAUGGCAAAUUACAACAACAAGAUACAGUGAACUACAGCGUGACUAUAAUGGCUGGGUGAUGGCAACUGUCAUCCGACAUUUUAUAAUAGUGUAGUCCCUGCAUUAAGCCACUGAAAUUCCCAUAAUUGCUCACCAUUAGCUAUAGCUAAUAAGAUAUGUAGGCUAAAUGUAUCAGGAUGUUGCCCAUGUUGGUAUGUGUCUGUUUAUAUCAAACUGAAUAUUCCAUUUAGGUUGUUUCCAUCUGAGCACUGACUUCAAAAGGAUUAAAGUGUAUUUUCCUCAUCCACAUCACAUUUUCUAAUCCUGUGGUUCUCCAGAAGUUUACCUUUGAUUUUCCAGAUGUCCUGAGCUUUAAGUCACAAAGGUCCCCACCAGUAAAGCCAAAAGUUACAGAAAUGAAAGUCCAAAACAUCUGGAGAACAAAGGCUGAAAACCACUAUCCUAAUAUAAAUUAUCUGCAGGUAGCUGAACUUUGGCUUUCGUAAGAUAUCUGUGCACAAUACUAAGGCAGUUAGUUUUAAAAGUGAGGUGAUUUGGAUGCUAACAGUUGGACGAAAUCUGGAAAAAGCAAGAAUCUGAUAGACGUAGAUUUCUAGAAAGUGGUUCAUGUUGUUAUUAUUAUUAUUAUUAUUAUUAACCUUUAUUUAUGAAGCGCUGUAAAUUUACACAGCGCUGUACAUGCAAUCUUUUUAAUUAGACGGUUCCCUGCCCUCGGGCUUACAAU